CCACAAUACUUUUCUUACUAAUCAUGUAAAUUAAAAUUUUCCCUUAGAAUUAAGAAGCAAGAAGAAAGUGUGAAGCCAUGGGCAGGGUACACAGGCCCCCACCUGGCCUCAGCACCCCUCACCAGCACUGUGAGGGGUGCAUCAAUCGCCACUGCCACGUUCCUGUGGAGCCCAACGUCUCCUGCCUGGUGAUAAGCUGCCGCCUGCUCUGUGGGGCCACCUUCCACAUGUGCAAGGAGACAGAACAUGAGCUUCUCUGCCCCUUGGAGCAGGUUCCGUGUCUCAACUCUGAAUAUGGCUGCCCCCUUUCCAUGUCCCGCCACAAGUUGGCCAAACACCUGCAGGUGUGCCCUGCCAGCGUGGUGUGCUGCUCCAUGGAAUGGAAUCGUUGGCCAAAUGUGGACUCAGAGACAACUCUGCAUGAGAACAUCAUGAAAGAGACCCCCAGUGAGGAGUGUCUGGACACAGCCCUGGCGCUCCAGGACCAGAAGGUCCUCUUCAGAUCCUUGAAGAUGGUGGAACUGUUCCCAGAGACGAGGGAAGCCAUGGAGGAAGAACUGGCCUUGAAUGGUGACAGCAAUUGGCAAGAAAUGGGAGGAGCAGUUGGGGGAGGGGAUGCUAGAUCAGUGCCCCAAGGUUGUCUGUCAGCUGCUAAUGGGGAGACAGUGGAGCUAAGUCAAGAAGAACGAGAAGUGCUAGCCAAGACCAAGGAAGGGAUGAACCUGGACAAAUUCGACAAGUGGGAAAAUAUGUUUAGUAAAGAGCAUGCCGCCUCUACUUUAGCAAGUUCAUCAGCAAGCGGAGACAGCAAGAGCAGGAAUGGCCCAGGGACACAACAGGGUUCCAGUGACAAUAACAAAGCAGAAGGAGAAGGCACUGCCAAAGGUGAAGAAACACAGGAAAACCAGAAGCAGAGGGGCUCCCAUGCAGCAGUGGAGACAACGGGGCUCGCCCCGUGGCAGGAUGGUGUCCUGGAAAGACUGAAGACAGCUGUGGAUGCCAAGGACUAUAACAUGUACCUAGUGCACAACGGGAGGAUGCUGAUUCACUUUGGUCAGAUGGCCGCCUGCACGCCCAAGGAGAGAGACUUUGUCUACGGUAACCUGGAGGCUCAGGAAGUGAAGACCGUAUACACCUUCAAGGUUCCUGUGAGCUACUGUGGGAAACGAGCUCGAAUCGGAGAUGCCAUGGUGAGUUGCCGGCCAAGUGAACACAAGGCUGUCGAUACUUCGGACCUGGGGAUCACGGUGGAGGACCUGCCCAAAUCCGACCUCAUCAAGACCACCCUUCAGUGUGCUUUGGAAAGAGAACUCAAGGGUCACGUCAUCUCUGAAUCCAGGAGCAUUGAUGGGCUGUUCAUGGACUUUGCCACUCAGACAUACAACUUUGAGCCAGAACAGUUUUCUUCGAGGACAGUGCUGGCUGACCUCCUCACCACGACCAAUCCUGGAGGGCUCCACGUGGAGCUCCACAGUGAGUGUGUGACUAGGAGACACAACAAGAGCAGUUCUGCCUUCACAUUUACUUGUAACAAAUUCUUCAGGAGGGAUGAAUACCCCCUGCACUUCAAGAACGUCCACACCGACAUCCAGUCAUGUCUCAAUGGCUGGUUCCAGCAUCGUUGCCCCCUUGCCUACCUGGGAUGCACAUUUGUUCAAAACCACUUCCGUCCUCCAGGGCAAAAGGCCAAAGUGAUCUACAGUCAGGAGCUCAAGACCUUUGCCAUCAGGCCAGAGGUGGCUCCAGAGCUGAAUGAAGGAAGGCAGGUCAACCAGCUCUCCGGCCGUGGAGGAAAAAGCCACCACUCUCUCACAAGCCUGCCCCUGGAGCUUCUGCAGUACAUUGCUGGGUUUUUGGACAGCAUCAGCCUGGCCCAGUUGUCUCAGGUGUCAGUACUGAUGAGGAAUAUCUGUGCCACUCUGUUACAGGAGAGAGGAAUGGUCCUCUUGCAAUGGAAGAAGAAAAGAUAUUCCCAUGGAGGUACCUCCUGGAAGGUCCACAGACAGAUUUGGCAGUUCAGCAGCCUCUUCUCCAAAAUCAAGAGCUGGGAGUUUAAUGAAGUCACCUCCAUGUCUGAGCACCUGAAAGCCUGUCCUUUCAACAUCAUAGAACACAGGACAGAUCCUGUUCUCUUAACCAGCAUGUGCCGGCCCCGUGAGCAGCCCCGGAAGAGCUUAGUCUCCACCUUCAGAGCCCGACCUCAUACAAGACAAGCCUCCUAA